ACCAUUUUUCAAAGCCUUCCCACAACUGCUAACCGCAAGGUAUAUAAUUUUCUUUAACCAAGCUAAUUUACCCCGUUAUAUACCUAUAUUAUCCAACAACAGCUAUAUCUACAGCAUCUCUCUAUACAAUCACUGUAUCAGGAAAUAAAAAAUGCUCUUGGAAGUUAAACUGAAUUCUUUGAAUAAUUAUAGAGGAUUUAAAAAUACUAUUAAAGUGUAAAACCAUAAAACCAUACUCUCUUGUGUGUAGAUAAAGGCAUGUUAUUCUUUUCCAUACAUCAGCUAUGUGAUUACUAGGUGAACUCGGUAUCGACAUGGCAUACGUGGUUAAUGUCUUUUGCUGCAGGACCAUGGGGACAGAUAUGUGCUGGGAAUCCUAGGAACAAAGCAAGGGGCUGUGAUGGAUAUGGCUGUGGAUAUUAUACAGCUCCAAGAAAAGACGGUAGAAGAAAGCACCUAGGGGUGGAUGUUAUAUGCAGAGAUGGCUCAACAGUGUAUGCUCCUUUCAGUGGCAUGAUUGAGAGACGAAUUAAUCCCCAUGGAGGGAGAAAUGUCAUUAAUAAUGGUGUCAAACUUCGUGGAUCAGGUUUCUGCGUCCAUAUGUUCUAUAUCAGGCCUGUUACUUACAGAGGUCGGAUCAAAAAGGGACAAAAAAUUGGAGAAAUGCUGCCAAUGCAAAGAGUAUAUCCUGGUAUAACAUCUCAUGUUCAUGUCCAGAACUGUAACCACUUUAAUGUCACUCGCUACUUAUAA